AUGUUUUUCUUUUUCCUUGGUGGUCUUGCUCCCAAACUCAAACGCCUAUCAACCUCCCUCCCAGCACGCUGUCCAAAUUGUUUGGAUCGCACACCAACAAUGUAUCAAUAUCAGUCUGAACAAGAAUUCUCAGUCUUUUUCAUUCCAAUCGUAGCAUUUGGCAAAAAAACGUUAUGGAUUUGUGAGAAAUGUCGUUGGAAUGAGAAAAAUCGUCCGGACGAAGAAAGAAUUCGGCAGAUUGAACGAGAAGAAAUGACUCAACAAGCUGCGCCUUUACCUACUUGGGGAAUUCGGCAAUGUCCUUCUUGUAAAAAUGAGAUUAAUGUGUCGGGUCGAAUUCGAUUCUGCCCGUAUUGUGGAGAUGAAAUUCAAAGAUAA